AUGAAAACCCAAUACAUCACCAUUUCCCCCACCCCCGGCCUCCGCGGCCAAGUCUUCUACCCACUUACGUUGCGCACCGCCCCCAUCCCACCUCUCCAGUCGCACUCCCUCCUGAUCAAAAUCUCCGCUGCCGCUCUCAACCACCGCGACCUUUUCCUCCGCCAACAUCUCUACCCCGGAACGACCUUCGGCGUGCCCCUCCUCGCCGACGGAGCCGGUACCGUCGUCGACAUAGGCCCGCAGGCCUCGCCCGGCUGGCUGGGUAAGCGCGUCGUCAUAUACCCUGGUGCGGGCUGGUCGUGGCCUUCUUCGCUUGAGGGACCGGAGGAUGAGGCUGGGUAUGUGUGGAUUAUAGGCGGGACGAAGUAUAACCCGGCAGGAACGCUGAGUGACUAUAUGGUUGUGGAUCAGGGUGAGGUGGAACCUGUUCCGGGGCAUUUGUCUGCGCUACAGGCUGCGGCGCUCCCUGUGGCUGGGUUGACGGCCUGGCGGGCACUUAUGGUAAAGGCUGGGGUGGGGAAUUGUAGACCUGGAAGUCAGAUCCUGGUGACUGGGAUUGGGGGCGGAGUUGCGCUGAUGGUGUUGUUGUUUGCUGUGAAGAUGGGAGCCAGGGUUUGGGUUACUAGUUCCAGGAGGGAGAAGGUCGAGGAGGCGGUUAGACUGGGGGCGAUGGGGGUUGUGAACUAUAGAGAAGAGAAAUGGGAGGAGAGGAUAUUGGAGCUGCUGCCGAAAGAGAGGAGGGUGUUUGAUGCCGUGGUGGAUGGUGCUGGAGGUAAUAUCAUUGAUAGAGCGGUCAAGUUGCUUAAGGCGGGAGGCGUAGUCGUCAUCUAUGGAAUGACGAGCGCACCGUCCAUGUCUUUUCCGAUGCGAGCCGUGUUGAAGAAUCUCGAUAUUCGUGGGUCGGCGUUGGGGUCCCGGAGAGAGUUUGCACAGAUGAUGGACUUUGUUAGGGAGAAGCGUGUCGUGCCAGUUAUUGGUCGAGUCGUGCAUGGCAUCGACAAUCUGGACGCGAUUGAGGAGCUGUUUGAUAUCAUGCGUUCUGGGAGGCAGACUGGGAAGUUGGUUAUCAGUCUGGACCCAGAGACUAAGCUGUAG